AAAAGAAUUUAAAGUUUAAAAAACAUAAAGAGGUUAAGAAAUUUCUAAAUCAAUUUCAAACAGAAUGGAUCAACAAAUAUUGGAAACAUUUUUAAAACAAUCAACAACCAAACCAAUUUAUAAACAAUAUUUACCAUUUAUGAAAUUAGCUCGUGAUAGUUUUGCACAGAAUCCAAUAUUAACAUAUUGGACAUUAUGUUAUGUUGUUGAAGCUGCAUUAAAAAAUCAAACAAAACCAACGGAUGAUUUUCGUAAAUUUUUAUUGGAAAUUAUGUCCUGUUUGGAAAAAGAAAAAAAAUCACGUAUUGGUGAUAAUUUAUUCUGGAAUGAAAAAGAUGCACAAAAAUUUAUUGAAGAAUAUGGUAAUAAAUUGGUUGAAAAGGCUGAAGAAAAUGAAGAAUUAAUGGAAAGAUAUGAUCUUGCUUAUAAACUAUAUCUAACGGCAUCAAAUAUUUUUCAAAUGUAUACCGUAUUUGUUCGUGAUGAUGAAGAGAAUAUCAAACGAAUUAAAUUCUGUAAAUGGCGUGCUGUUGAAUGUUUUAAAAAGAAAAAAGAACAGGAUGAAAAUCCACAGCCUAAAUUUUCGGAUAAUGUUGAUGAUGAUGCCGGUAAUGGAUCAAAUGCUGGUGGAACUUCGAAUGAUGAUCAUCAUGAAUCAUCAUCAACAUCAUCAUGUCCAUAUCCAUCUGGUUCGGAUCGUCCUUAUCCACCUGCUAGUUCAUCAUCUACAUUGCCUUAUCCAUCUUCAAACAUUGGAUUUUCCGGUUUAAAUGAUGGUAAUAAUAAUAAUGCUAAAUCUAAUGUAGAAACUGCAGAUUUAUUGAAUCUUAAUGAACCAACUUCAUCAUCAUCUGCACAAUUUCCUACACCGGCACCACGAGCAGCAACAGCAGCAGCAUCUAAACCAAAAGAUGAUCGUCAAAUACAAUUGGAAAAAGAAUUAUCAUCAUUAACAUUAUCGGAAUCGGAUUCAAAACGUGCUGAAUUAUUAUGUGAAAGUGCAUUAUAUGCAAUACGUGCUAAUGAUUUAUUGACUGCUGUUGAUACAUUAAAACAAACAAUCGAAUUACUUUAUAAACGUGCAAAAAAAUAAUGAUUAUAAUUCUCAUUAUUAAUAUAUUCUACGUAUGAUUCUGGUCAUCAUCAUCAUCAUCUUUAUUUUCGAAACAAACAUCGUAAUUAACCUGUCUCACAAGCAACCAAAAACAACAAAACAAGAAAAACAUGAAAAAAAAGAAAUCUAAUUUAGAAUUUUUAAAGAUAUAUACGAAUGGUGGUC